AAUGAACAAAGUCAAGGCCUAUGGCAAGUGGUCUUUUGACACCAUUUCAGGGACUUUGUUUUCUUGGUAUUCAGUUAACUUUGGGUCUUGGGAUUCUUCUGUAACUGAAUUAUUAUAGCCGUGUUCUGGGUGCCUCAUCCUUGUUGCUUGUCUUUUCUUAUCCCCUCAUGAAGAGGUUUACAUUUUGGCCCCAAGCCUAUCUCGGGUUGACCUUUAAUUGGGGUGCUUUGUUAGGAUGGGCAGCAAUUAGAGGAAGUCUAGAUCCAAGAAUAGUGCUGCCUCUUUAUGCCUCUGGAGUUUUUUGGACACUUGUUUAUGAUACAAUCUAUGCUCACCAGGAUAAAGAAGAUGAACUGAAAGUGGGAGUUAAGUCAACUGCUUUGCACUUUGGUGAUUCUACAAAGGAGUGGAUUACUGGGUUUGGGAUUGCAUGCCUUAGUGGUCUUGCCCUCAGUGGCUAUAAUGCUGAAAUAGGCUGGCCAUAUUAUGCAUUUCUGGCAGCUGCAUCUGGACAACUAGGCUGGCAAAUAUGGACAGUUGAUCUCUCAUCACGUGCUGAUUGCAAUUGCAAAUUUAAUUCAAACAAGUGGUUUGGAGCUAUCAUAUUUGGUGGAAUCCUAGCUGGAAAACUUGUAUCAUAGGGGUAAUUUGUCUGGUUGAGUAGUUUAUUCUUUUAUCUUGUAAUAACUUAUCAAAUUUGCAUGAGUUUUACCAAUUGUCAUGAGUCAUCAGUCAUCGCCUUAGGAUACUGUAUGCUUUUACUUCCUUACCACAUAUAACAAUUUUUGCCUCCAA